CUAACUAGAAAGCCCAAAUCGCGACGCCGUGAUGGCGGAUGAGAGGGAGAAGGCGGCGGCGUUGAUAGAGAGAGCCGUUGACUCUACGGCGGCGGAGGUGGAUCCGCGCCUCCUCAAGGCGAUCAAAUUCGUGGUGCGUAAUUCCGAUUCGGAGCUCCGUUGCGCCUCCCAAACCCUAAUGUCUCUUAUGAAGCGCAACCAUUCUCAGGUACGGUAUCUUGCACUUUUCAUAGUGGAUGAGCUUUUCAUGCGCUCAAAGCUUUUCAGAAGUCUUCUUGUUGAGAACCUGGAUCUAUUCCUUAGCUUAAGUAUUGGUUUUAGAAGAAAUCAUCCACUUCCUCCUCCUGCCUCUAUUGCAUCUCUUCUUCGAUCGAAGGCAAUCGAGUUCUUAGAGAAGUGGAAUGAUUCGUUUGGAAUUCAUUAUCGACAACUCAGAUUAGGUUACGACUAUCUCAAGAAUACCCUUCGUUUCCAGUUUCCUAACCUUCAGGCUAAUGCAGCCCGCAUACAACAAGAGAGAAGGGAGAGGGAAAUGAGAACAAGAGAUAUCUUACUGAAGAAAUUUGAAUCAUUGAAAGAAAAUUUCUCAUCAAUAAAAGAGGAGAUACAGGCCAAUAUUGAUGAAAUUGACGAGUGUCUAGGAAUUCUUAGGAUGAAGGAUGAUGGCAUGCAGUUUGAUCCUGUAGAUAAUGAAGAAAUGGAAGAGUUCUAUAACUCCGAGCUGCAUCAGAUCCGUCUUGAUUCUUUGAGAGAGGCGGAAAAAGUCCAAGUGGACAGUGAAAAUGAAGUUGUUAUUGAUGCUCUGAGGGAAUCUUACAAGGUUCUAGUCACUAAGCAUCUCGCUGCAGUUCAGGAGUGGAUUUCUGUUCUUAUAAGAGUGGAAGUGGCCGAUCUAAGUUUCAGGGAUUCUGCUUUGAAAAAUCUCAUAGAUAUAAGAAAUCUCAUUCAAUCAACAAAAAGAGAAUGUGAAGAAUCCGGAUGUGAGCUUCGUAAAAUUGCAAAUGCUGAAGAAGAAGUUAUUUGGGAAGAAGGCACUGUCGAACAAUUUGACAAAGGAGGGGCAGGUCCAAGCUGUUCUAAAACUCCCGAAGCACCCAGUACAUCAACAGCUAAUAGUACAAGAGAUGUAAAACGAGCUAAAAAAAUUUCAAAUGUAACUGAGAAAAGAAAUGCUCGGAGUAGUGUAAGUAACAAAGAUCCUGUACGAAGUGAGCUUUUGGCUGAAGCUCCAGUUCUUAACUGGGGAUCUUUCUUGGACCGCUGGGGACCAAACGAGGAUGUUAUGGCUAACCAAAGGGGACUGGAUGUUGAAGGUCACUGGGGUAGGGUCGACCAGGAUGCAGUUAUACCGGCCGAGAAAAUUGCAGAACUGAGCAUGCGGGCAUCUGUGUACGAAGAAAAGCCUCUUGAAAUCCAACCGUGUAGAGCUCCUUUGAAGAAUGGUGCACUUUGUCAAAGAAAAGAUUUGAGAGUUUGCCCAUUUCAUGGGCCCAUCAUCCCUAGAGACGAUGAGGGAAAUUCAAUUAAGGAGAGCUCCUCAACAGAAGAGGCAGUCGACCAAAACCAACCAGAAGAAUCCAGUCCAAAUGCUGACAGUAAUGUGGUGCACCAGCUAUUAAAGCAAGCUGUACAGAAUGUUAGGGAGAGAGACAAAGAAGAUGCAAAAAAGAGAGAAGUAGACAAGCGGGCCUUAAAGAGAGCAAAGCUUGCAGAAGUUCGGGAACACAACGAAGCUAUGCUGCGAGAUGCAGCAAUUGCUUCAACUUCAAGAUCAUAUUAUGUAGGUGAAGACAGGGAAAUAAGUAAUGGAUCCAGAACUUCUAGUAGAAGAAAGAAACAAACGCUGGCAUCAAUGCUGAAAAAGAAAGAAACUUCUAAAGACAGAUUGGCUCAGAGGUUACUGAACACUAAUGCAAGAGAUGCUACUAUCCGACAGUUGACAACCGCUGAAGAGGCAAACUACCGGGAAGCAUUUCCAAACCAAUGGUAGUAUCUGCCCAUGAUAAUAUACCCUGCAGAAUGAACGGAUAAUGGAACAUUUCUUCUCAAGGUACAUUAUGGAUCUUAGGUUUUAGGUCAUUAGGUGAAUUUUAGUUAAGUCUUGGACAGUUUUCACUUUAGUUAUUGUCUUCACCUCAUAUUUGCAGCUUCUUUUUUAUGGACUUCCUAGUUUUCACCGAACUGUUUAAGCCCUGCCCUGUAUUAUUUGUGGUUUGUGAGAAUAAAAAUAAAAUACUGUACCUCUCCCUCUGUGUACAGGUGAUUCCGCAGUUA